CAGCGUGAAAUGUGGUGAUAUGUUUCGUGGACUGGUGCAAUCGGUCGAUCGUUCGAAAAUCGACAUCGUGACAAACGGAGAGCAAAACACGCGUUUUGAAACAUGAGCUUGUUAUUGUAAAAAAAAAAAAUAACAGUAUUAAAACAACGUCGUUUGAACAUGGAACGAUUCCGGAGCAUCGACUGGUAUCCUGCGUUGGAGGAUCUGAUAGACAAUGUAUUCAUCAGGGACGAGAGAAUGGAGCGCGAGAGCGCGAUGUGCAGAAUUUUGACCGACACCUUCACAGAUCCGUUUGAGAAUAUCGAAAGCGAGUACGAUGAUGCCAAUGUGGAAUUGAUGAAGAAAUAUCUCCUCGAGGACGGCGUGGAUUUAUACAAGAAAGAAAGAGAGGAGGCUCAAAAGGCUGAGGAGCAAAAGGAUGAGAAUAAUUCUUCUGUGUUAGAAAGAUCUUACGUACCUGGCAUAAGAAGAUUAUCGACUUACUUUCCCAGAAGGUCUCAUUUGGACAAGGCUGAGCAAGCUAUGUGCCUUCGCGUUUUAUUGAGAUUAGCCGAUACAGAAAAGAAGAAAUUGACCGACGAGGAGAAGAAAGAGUUGCAGCAAUAUAUGGCAUUGAAAGAAAAAAUAUCCGAAGAACAGAAAGAAUUUCUAGAAUUUGUGAAGAGUGUGUGGAACGAUUCCGUGUGGCACGUCAAAUGUUUUGCAUUUAUGAAUUCAAAAUGGAAGAUGAAGAGGCAGAAGAUGGCAAAGUUACCGAGAAAUUAUGUUGAAUCUCUAACUAUACCACUUUCCGUACAGGACGUUAAUUUUGAGAUGAAGGACAUUAUAGUGGGAUUCGUAUCUUGCUUACGAGAGGGAUCCUUCUCGAAUGUGGUAUUGCCAAAACUCGAUUGCCGCUGUAGGUUGAACAUGGAACCUGACGCAUUGCGCGACAGAUUCCCCGCGUACCUCGCACCUGACAAAGUGACGCAACAUUUCAGAUUACCCGUAAGCGAGGAUACGUAUUGCGAGAGUCUCGCAGUGGAAACUGGCGCGGACUUUGUUAUCUCGUCCAGUGGCCUCAAGUGUCUACUGAACAACGUAGAUCCGGAACAUUCGUCAGGCUCGUGGCUCGUACCAGUGGUAGUGAGAUCACAUCGUGGAAAAAAUAUUAUUUACGUUGAUAAAAAGCUACCAUCUGUCAUUGCCACUAUACCACAAAAGAAUACCUGGGUGUAUAAAUACAUCCUUAGAUACUAUUUCGUUGGGACGAAUGAUGAAAGCGACGAGGAACCGUCGGAAGAGACAAAACGUUUUAGACAAACGAAAGAGGACAAACCUGAGAAGGCUGCAUACCAUUCAGAUUCGGAUAACGACAGCAAUUCUAACGAUUACCUUAAAGUCUAUGAAGAAGAUUUAUAUGCAUCGAAUACAGAUGCAGGGAAAUCAGAUAAUCUAGCAAGUGGCAAAACUGAUUCUAAAAUAGAUGAUGAAUUAGGUGAAUUAGAUGAUCUAGCAAGUGGCGAAACUAAUUUAAAAACAAACGAGCAGCAAAAUGUGUCGUAUAAUCUUUUCAUGAUAGGACCAGUUAAUUUUGAACAAACAAUACAUGGCGUGAAGAAAUAUAAGAUAUUGGUUCGUACAAAAACAGAUGGCAUCGAGAUGUUAUCAAACAACAAAUCGCAGCCUUUAAUGUUGGCGCCAAAGCUGGAGCAUCAGCUAGAAUAUGGAGCUGAAGCUAUAACGUUAGAAGAAGGCAUGCAUCAGUGGGCGUCAUUAAAAUUUAGACCAAACACAUCGUUAGCUAGAGUCAGAAUAGAAGCUUCUACUGGAGAAAUAAUACAAAUAGAAAGGCAUACAGAAAUGUCGUUGAGCAAUGAGAUAAAACGACUUUAUAAUGUCAAGGUAGAAAAUUCUCUAAGUAUUUUGCAUAAUAUAAUCGACGGAUUAUCAUCCUUGACUCCUGGCCAAUAUAUUAUGCAACACAUCCCUCAGAGUGGGCCAUUUGCUUACGUCUAUAAACAUACAACCAAUGAUAGGAAAACUACCUUUGAUUUAAACUCGGUUUAUUGUAGCAACAAGUUUCAUACAGUACCUAAAACGCCAUGGCCACGCAUAGACAAUAUGUUGAUAACACCAUCGCUCAGGUGUUUUCAGAGAAUGCCUGCCAUGUUUUUUCCGAUUUUACGUCAGAAACCCGUAUAUAUUAAACCUACCAGAGGACGAAAGAAAAAUAAUCAAGUUUCUGCAUCUCCUUCCCGUAGAAGUGAUCGGUUAAAAAACAUGAAAAAAGAGAAAGCAUAAUUUUCUAUAAGUUUAAUUCUGGAGAGACUUUUCGAAAUGGCUAUUUAUUUUAUAAUGGAAUCUCCAUAUUCUUCAUUUCUUAAUUAUUUUUCCUCUUUCGUGCUGCUCUUACUUUUAUCACAUUUACAUUUAUGCAUGUCAAGAUGAUAUGUGCUCAAUUAAUUUAAGACUAAUGAUAUUUUUUAAAUUCUAUAUAUGCGUGAUGAAAUGUAAAACGAUUAAGAAAAGCAGCAUAAAAGGGGAAAUUAUUAAAAGCAAAGAAUAUAUUUAAGUUCUGUGCAAUUGACACACGUACAAAGUAUAGCUGUAAGUUUUCGUGAUGUUAUUUAACGUAAAAUACUCAUAUCACGGUCGUGUCAGAAUCAAACACUAUCUACAUUUGUUUCUUUUCUCAGAGGUCGUAUUAUUUUUCUAACUGCAUGAACAGAACAUCACAUAUUCUAUUUUUCACUUGCCUUCUUGUGCCUACUGUUUGCAUAGUUACAUGACAAAUGCGAAUGAUGAAAGAAAAACACUGAAAAAGUCUUUGAUAUUAAUCUUGAUAUUGUUUGUAUUUUUUUUCUUGAAUAGUUUUUCUUGAAUAUUUAGUUCAUAAUAUGAUCAGACAUUUGAUUUGUUUAUUACGUAUGCAUAAUAUAGAUAUUUGAUAUUCAGUUUUUUGCGUAUGCAGACUAUGCAGAAUUAAGUAAGGGACAAAUGAACUUUUUCUUUUAAUUUGACAAGCACACAUGAGCUAUGUACAAAUGUUGAAACAUUUUAGUUUAUUUUACAAACUGUUAUGUAUCUAAAAGUAUACUUAAGUAUUUACACAGAGAUAUAUAUAUAUUUUUUUUUAUUGACAUAUAUAUAUAUAUGAAUAAAAGGCAUGGAAAGAAAUAAAUGAACGUUAUAGAAUAUUCUUUUGUUUUUAUUUUCAUCGAUUUCUCAAUCUCUCACUCUUUUACACUACGAGAUUCUUUAUGUAAAUCUUUCGAUAAAAAUAAGAAUAUAUAUAUAUAAAAUAUAAUUUAAUUAAAUAUAAUUUGUAUACGUGAACAAGAUUGGAACGCAGAUAUUUAUCGGAGAAAUUUUACUGGCCUACAGUAAUAUAGUAAAGAUUUAAAAAAAAUAUUACAAAAAUAAUAUAUUUCAAAAAUGCAGCAAGGUACCGCUCUUUUAAUACCUUAUUAGUACACUAAGCAAUAUUAAGCUGGAAUCCGUGCAGGCAUAUACAAAGUUGUUUUUUUUUUUUUUAAUGAUUACGCAUCAAUAGGCAAGUGUGCACCUUGGACCU